CCCACCUCAAAUUCCAACUAGUCUGCUCACUGGAGCAAUUCCGCCUUCCCUCUGUCUCUCCCUCUCUCUCUCUAUCCCUCUCUCUCAACUGCAGCGCUGCGGGAAGCUGGGCAAGUUCUGACAAGAGAAGAGCAAAUCCUUGCGCUCCGUGAGUAACCGGGCCGCUGUUUUAUGUAGAAUUAUGGCAAAAAAGUUGCUCCUCAUUGAUGUGGAUUGUGGAGUCGAUGAUGCACAGGCCCUGAUGGUAGCUUUGGCAGCCCCGAAUGUGGAGAUUCUUGGCAUCACUUGUUGUCAUGGGAACUCAACCAUAGAAAACAUCUGCCAAAAUGUAUUGCGUGUCUUGCACGUCUGUGAUAGAAUGGAGAUCCCUGUAUAUAAGGGGGCAAGUAGGCCUUUGCUAGGAAACUCCUUGCAUGCAGAAGGGUACCAUGGUAUAGAUGGCUUGGGGGACGUACCUGAUCCAAAUGCUCCUGGCCUUGACCUGCUUCAAAAGGAGCAUGCCGUUUUGGCAUUACUAAGGAUAGCCAGUGAACAUGCUGGUCAGGUAUCACUGGUAGCAACAGGUCCAUUGACUAAUUUGGCUUUAGCUGUGAACAUGGACCCAACCUUUCCAAAGAAGAUCAAGAAUCUUUUUAUCAUGGGCGGCAACAUGGAGUCUAGAGGAAACGUCACUGUUUGCGGAGAAUUUAAUUUUGCAUGUGACCCAGAAUCAGCCUGUGUUGUCCUGGAUGCCUUUGAUUGUCCUACUUACAUUGCCACCUGGGAAUUCACUUGCCAGAACUACCUUCCUUGGAAGUUCCAUGAUAAGUGGAUAAUUCAACACACAAGAAAGUCUGAGUUUAUGAGGAAGAUCUCGGCUCAUUCUAUGAAGUACACUGAAGAAUGCAAUAGUGAUCCUGGGAUGGACUGGACCAUGGGGUUUGUGUCUUGUGAUUCCUAUGCCAUGGCUGCUGCUAUUGAUGAGAGUUUUGUCACUGGUUCCAUACAUUGUGGCGUCAGUGUGGAGCUGAGUGGGACUCUGACCCGUGGGAUGAUGGUACUGGAUACGACAGACAAGCUAAAGAAGAAGAACAAAGCCUUUGUCUUAACAAAAUGUGACCUGGAAAGAUUUAAAUGCCUAAUGAUGGCAGCAUUAAAGUAGUUAUAUAUGCCGAUUCUAGGGCUGCUUCCACCUGAGGCAGCAGCCCAGACGCCGCCCCCCUCCUCUCCCGCUCCGAGCUUAAAAAUUUGCGUUGGAGCGGGUCUAAGGGGGCAGUAUCGCUAGUGCAGUAAGCACAAUGGCGCUCUCUGCACUAGCGUAGCCGAAUUUCCGGGUUAAAAUCCAGAAGUUCGGCUCUUAAAGUUACAAGGGACAGCUUUUUGCCGCCCCUUGUAACUGCCCGCUCGCUGCCGCCUCAGGCAAGGGUCUCACCUUGCCUCAUGGCAGAAGCGGCCCUGAAUAAAUGUCCUUUCCUGAAACUGCAUAAAAAGCACAGUAUGGUACGAUUUUGGGAUGGGCUAGAGUGUAAUGCUGUUUUACUAUUAAUGGUACUUAUUACUGAUUUUGUACUUUACAUCUUGUAAGACAUCUUAGAAUCUUUUUUUUAUUAUUAUUCUGAUGCUACAUGUGUUGUUGGUGCUACCAAAGGCAAUAAUAACAUUAUAGAUGUAGUUAAUGUAGAACCAAGCAUCAGGGAGCCAUGCCCUGACAAAUCAGGGCAUUCAUUUAAUAAGCAACGGUAAGUCUCCAACCUAUUAAGGAAUAUCGGAUGAAUCAGAGCAGAUAACUUUUAUAUUCUUGAAAUCAGUAUAUUCUGCUUCUUUUUGAUUGGCCAGAAAAGACUUACAUAAUGUAUGAUUCUCAGAACUUUGUCAUAAAAACACUACUCAUUCUGUUUACUACCCCAAUGGAUAUUUACCUAACCUAAUAAAGAAUGCUGAAUUAUGGGGUUAUUUAUUAAA